AUGCCACCCAGACGCACUAAAUCUCAUUCCAAAGCAUCUAAUUCCUCUUCCUCUAAAAAUAAAAAAAUGCGUACUAUAUACUAUCAGGAUACAGAACCUAAUAUUUUCACUCAUACGAUUUACGGUUCUUUUCUAGUAAAAGCUAAUGAGACUGGUACUAAGUUUUCAGCCUUUAUAAAAUUGUCCCCUAUUCAAGACACUAUAAACAAAACCUAUCGAGAUAAAUAUGUUAAAUGGCAUUUAAUUAGCGUUAAAAGCAUUUUCAAACCUGCUUUCGAAAUAAAUGGAACUGAUAAAAAGAUAUGCUCCCUAUAUAGUGUCCUAAACCGCGAAGAGUCAACUAAAAUUUCAUUCAGUCGUUUGCUUGCAUGCAGUGAAGUUAAGGAACAUAAGACAUACUUUGAUGCUGAACAAAAAUAUGCUGCUAGAUUGUCUGAAGAGGCCCCAUGGUCUUCUACCCGAUCAAUGCCGUCGUCCGUGGCCACUCUUUGGUUCUUUGGGAAUGUCUCUGACUUUACAAAGAAUGAAGUAAUAGGUAAAGUUGUAUUUAAAAGCAAUAUUCAAUAUAAAGAAUUAGCUGUUGAGCCGGUGGAUAGCAUAGAAAGUGGCGACCAAUACCAGUCAUUCGGAAACGGAGAGUUGGAGCUUGAACAAACCGAAAUAUUUGAUGAAUAUCUUGUUAAACGCCUGAUCUAA